GUACGCAUGCUCCAUUCCCGCGCCGUUUUGCCACGCUCGUAGUGGGCCACGGUGGGACCCGUAGCCGCCGGGCCUGUGCGUGUGCCCGGCGUGUGACCCGGAAAGGAGUUGUGGAGGAGGCGGGCCGAGCUGUGGGACCCGCUGCUGGUUGCCGGUGAGGGGCGAGCCGGGCGGGGAGAGGAGGUCAGGAUGGUAGGGGAUCGACGAGCAGGGGACCUCAUGGUCCCCUUGGGGCCCCGGCUGCAGGCGUACCCUGAAGAACUCAUUCGACAGAGACCUGGACAUGACGGACAUCCUGAAUACCUGAUCCGAUGGAGUGUCCUCAAGUGUGGGGAAGAGGGCAAAGUGAAUGUAGAGGAAGACAAGACAGAGCACCUCCUCAUGUGGCUGUCAGCUCCAGAGGUCUAUGCCAACUGCCCCAUGCUGCUGCGGGAGCAAACAUUAUCUAAAAGACCUCAGUACGAACCUGCUGGAGAGUUAGGAAGCUUCCCCCGGGAUCCAGGCGGCCUGGAUGAGUUGGCAAUGGCGGAGAUGGAGGCUGACGUGCGGGCACUGGUGCGCAGGGCCGCCAGGCAGCUGGCCGAGGGCGGGACCUCGAGCCUGACGGCCGCUGUGCUUCACACCAUCCACGUGCUCAGCGCCUAUGCGAGCAUUGGGCCUCUCACCGGAGUCUUCAGGGAGACAGGAGCCCUGGAUCUGCUUAUGCACAUGCUGUGCAAUCCGGAGCCUCAGAUCCGCCGGAGCGCAGGCAAGAUGCUGCAGGCCCUGGCGGCCCAUGACGCCGGGAGUCGGGCUCACGUCCUCCUGUCACUGGGCCAGCAAGAUGGCAUCGAGCAGCACAUGGACUUUGACAGCCGCUGCACUUUACUGGAGCUGUUUGCAGAGACCACCUCCACUGAAGAGCACUGCAUGGCCUUUGAGGGCGUCCACCUUCCUCAGAUCCCUGGAAAGCUGCUCUUCUCCCUGGUGAAGCGUUACCUGUGUGUCACCUCCCUGCUGGACCAGCUGAAUGAGAGUCCGGAGCCCGGAGCUGGAGACCGCAGCUCUCCAUGUCUCACAAAGGAGAAGAGCCGGGGACAGCGGGAGCUGGAGUUCAGUAUGGCGGUGGGCAACCUCAUUUCAGAGCUGGUGCGGAGCAUGGGCUGGGCCCGGAACCUGAGUGAACAGGGCGCUUUACCACCCCGGCCAGCCCGGUCCAUCUUUCAGCCCUGCAUCUCAGGCCUUCCGCUGUUAGUGCCCACCGCUGUCACUACCCCCAGGAAGCAAGGGCGGGUCUUCCGCCACCGUUCCGAGUUUUCUAGCCGUAGCGGCUAUGGUGAAUAUGUUCAGCAGACCGUGCAGCCCGGCAUGCGAGUUCGGAUCCUCGAUGACUAUGAGGAGAUCAGUGCUGGGGACGAGGGCGAGUUCCAGCGGAGCAACAACGGGGUGCCCCCUGUGCAGGUCUUCUGGCAGUCAACUGGCCGCACCUACUGGGUACACUGGCACAUGCUAGAGAUCCUGGGGCCUGAGGAAGCUCCUGGCAAUUCUGCUUCAGCAUCUGUGGAGAAGAGAGAAGGGGCUACCGUACUGGGCACAGCAUUUCCCUCCUGGGACUGGAGGCCUGCGUAUGGUCUGUAUCCACUGCCAUAUCUCCAGCCCGAGCCCCAGAAGGGUGAGGAGUCAGGGUACCUGACCCAGGCAGAGUGGUGGGAGCUACUUUUCUUCAUCAAGAAGCUAGACUUGUGUGAGCAGCAGCCGAUUUUCCAGAAUCUGCAUGAGAAGCUGGAUAAGGCCCUGGGUGAAAAGGCCCUAGGUGAGAUCUCUGUGCCCAUAGAGAUGGCUGAGGGGGUGCUACAGCUUCUCAGUAAUCGCUUCGAGGGCAGCAACCUCUGUGACCUGCUCAACUCCCAAAUCUACACCAAGUAUGGGCUAAUGCCUGAGGAACUGAGCAGCUUGCCUUCUUCACGGAGUCCCUCCUGUACCCCAGAGCCAGAGGAGGAGCUGAAGUCAGCAGCCAGCUCCUCAGAGGAAGAGGCCGAGUCCUGCAAGGCAAAGGCUGAGCCUGCCAGUGCAAAGACUGAGUCCCCCAAAGCACAGAGUGACUCGCAGCUCUUCAGUCAGCUUCUGGUGAUAGAGGGGAUGGCCCUGUCCCCUGAAACACAGGAGGCAGCUGCUGAGAUGGCCAGAACCUUGCGGGGUCCUGGUCCACGCGGCUCCCUGGAUCAGCAUGUGUUAGCGGUCCUGGCCACUGUGCAGCUCUCCAGCCUGGACACGAACCUGCAGCUCUCAGGGCUCUGCGCCCUCUCCCAGGCUGUGGAGGAGGCCACUGAGCGGGACCACCCUCUGGUCCGUCCUGACAGAUCGUUGAGAGAGAAGCUGGUGAAGACCCUGGUGGAGCUGCUGACCAACCAGGUGGGAGAGAAGCUGGUGGUGGUGCUGGCCCUGCGCCUCCUCUACCUGCUCAUGACCAAGCACGAAUGGCGUCCCCUCUUUGCCAGGGAGGGUGGCAUCUACGCUGUGCUGAUCUGCAUGCAAGAAUAUAAGACGUCUGUUUUGGUGCAGCAGGCAGGGCUGGCGGCACUAAAGAUGCUAGCCAUUGCCAGUUCCUCAGAGACCCCCACUUUUGUGACCAGCCGAGAUUCCACCCAACCUUUGUUUGACACCCAGAUGACCAGAGAGAUCUUUGCCAGCAUCGACUCAGCUACACGCCCAGGGUCUGAGAGCCUGCUGCUUAGUGUCCCUGCGGCUGUGGUCCUGAUGCUGAACACCGAGGGGUGCUCCUCUGCAGUGAGAAAUGGUCUGCUUCUCCUCAACCUGCUUUUGUGUAACCACCACACCCUGGGAGAGCAGCUCAUCACCCAAGAGCUGAGAGACACCUUGUUUAGGCACUCGGGGAUAGCACCGGGAACUGAGCCAAUGCCCACCACACGGACCAUUCUCAUGAUGCUGCUCAAUCGUUACUCAGAGCCUCGGGGAAGUCCUGAGCGAGCAGCAUUGGAGAGUCCAAGCAACCAGGGUCAGAGUGGGUCCCCAGAGUUACUCAUCCGAUCCCUGGUGGGAGAGCCUUCUGCGGAACUCUUCCUGGACUUGGAGCGUGUGCUGUGCCGUGAAAGCAGCCCGCAGGGUGCCGUGAGUCCCCUCCUCAAGCGCCUGCAGCAGGAGGCCCAGCCUUUCCUCCUCUUGCUGCGGACUCUAGACGCCCCUGGGCCCAACAGAGCUCUGCUGCUCACGGUCCUCAGGGUCACGGCACGACUGUUGGACUACCCCGAGGCAGUGGUCCUCCCCUGGCACGAGGUCCUGGAGCCCUGCCUCAACUGCCUGAGCGGCCCAAGCAGUGACCCUGAGAUUGUUCAGGAGCUGACCUGCUUCCUGCAUCGCCUGGCUUUGAUGCAUAAAGACUAUGCAGUAGUGCUUUGCUGCCUGGGAGCAAAAGAAGCCCUCUCCAAAGUCCUGGACAAGCACUCUGCGCAGCUCCUGCUGGCCUCUGAGCUCCGUGACCUGGUCACAGAGUGUGAGAAGUAUGCCCAGCUCUAUAGUAAACUCACCUCAAGCAUUCUGGCUGGCUGCAUUCAGAUGGUGCUGGGCCAGAUUGAAGACCACAGACGAACCUACCAACCUAUCAACAUCCCCUUCUUUGAUGUGUUCCUCAGGCAUCUCUGCCAGGGCUCCAGUGUGGAAGUGAAGGAAGACAAGUGCUGGGAGAAGGUGGAGGUGUCCUCCAACCCCCACCGGGCCAGCAAGCUGACGGACCGCAACCCCAAGACCUACUGGGAGUCCAAUGGCAGCACUGGCUCCCACUCCAUCACCUUGCACAUGCACCGUGGUGUUCUUAUUAGGCAGCUGACUCUGCUUGUGGCCAGUGAGGAUUCAAGUUACAUGCCAGCCAGGGUGGUAGUGUUUGGGGGUGACAGCGUCAGCUGCAUCAGCACCGAACUUAACACGGUGAACGUGAUGCCCUCUGCCAGCCGAGUAACCCUCCUGGAGAACUUGAACCGCUUCUGGCCCAUCAUCCAGAUCCGCAUAAAGCGCUGCCAGCAGGGCGGCAUCGACACCCGGGUCCGGGGUGUGGAGGUGCUGGGCCCCAAGCCCACUUUCUGGCCGUUGUUCCGGGAGCAGCUCUGUCGACGCACUUGCCUCUUCUACACGAUUCGGGCACAAGCCUGGAGCCGGGACAUAGCCGAGGACCGCCAGCGCCUCCUCCAGCUCUGUCCCAGACUGAACAGAGUUUUGCGCCAUGAACAGAAUUUUGCUGACCGCUUCCUCCCUGAUGAUGAGGCCGCCCAAGCACUGGGCAAGACCUGCUGGGAGGCACUGGUCAGCCCCCUGGUGCAGAACAUCACGUCUCCCGAUGCUGAGGGUGUGAGUUCCCUGGGAUGGCUGCUGGACCAGUACCUGGCGCACAGGGAGGAUAUGCCCAGCACCCGAGGUCGAGCAGCAUCCUUUGCUUCCCGAGUCCGGCGCCUGUGCCACUUGUUGGUGCACGUGGAACCCCCUCCUGGGCCUGCUCCUGAGCCGGCCACGCAGCCCCUCGGCAAGAACAGUAAGAGUCAGGACGGAAGCCCCACGCCCUCGCCAGUCCUCCCCAGCAGCAGCCUCAGGAACAUCACCCAGUGCUGGCUGAGCGUGGUGCAGGACCAGGUCAGCAGAUUCCUGGCUGCGGCCUGGCGGGCCUCAGACUUCGUGCCUCGGUACUGUACUCUGUACGAGCGCUUGCAGAGAGCCGGCUCGGAGCUGUUCGGGCCUCGGGCGGCCUUCACCCUGGCUCUGCGCAGCGGCUUCUCUGGCGCCCUGCUACAACAGUCCUUCCUCACUGCCGCUCACAUGAGUGAGCAGUUUGCUAGGCACAUCGACGAACAAAUCCAGGGUGGUUUGCUCGGUGGAGUCUCUGGAGUGGAGAUGCUGGGGCAGCUUCAGCGGCACCUGGAGCCCAUCAUGGUCCUUUCUGGCCUAGAGCUGGCCACGACGUUUGAGCAUUUCUACCAGCAUUACAUGGCUGACCGACUCCUGAGCGUGGGCUCGAGCUGGCUGGAGGGGGCCGUGCUGGAGCAGAUUGGCCUCUGCUUCCCGAACCGCCUCCCCCAGCUGAUGCUGCAGAGCCUGCGCACCUCGGAGGAGCUGCAGCGCCAGUUCCACGUUUACCAGCUCCAGCAGCUCGACAGGCAGCUCUUGGAGCAGGAGGACCAGGAGGAAUGGAGGCCUGAGGAAGUGGAGGAAGAAGACAGGGGACAGGAGCCUGAAAAGGAGCUCUGUAUAGAAGACGCGGGUCCGGAAGUGUCUGUCCUGGUCCUGUCCCCACGCUGCUGGCCCGUCUCUCCACUCUGCUUCCUGCACGAACCCAGACAGCACCUUCCCACAGACCUCUGCGAUGCCCUUGAGCGCUUCUCCAGUUUCUACAGUCACAGUCAGAACUACCCAGUCUUGGACAUGGGGCCACAUCGGCGACUUCAGUGGACAUGGCUGGGCCGUGCUGAGCUGCAGUUUGGGGACCAGACCCUGCAUGUGUCCACAGUGCAGAUGUGGCUGCUGCUGUAUUUCAACCAGACUGAGGAGGUAUCAGUAGAGAUCCUGCUGAAGACUUCCGACCUCUCCCCAGAGCUUCUGCACCAGGCGCUUCUGCCCCUUAUCGCUGACAAUGGUCCUUUGACACUGGAGGAGGCUCAGAACUUCCCCCAGGCGGGGAUGCUGCGGCUUCGUGAGCCUAGGUCCCAGCCCCGUGAAGAGGUCCUGUGGCUGAUACCUCCCCAGACCUAUUUCAGUGUAGAGAAGGAUGAGGGCCGGACCUUGGAGCAGAAGAGGAACCUCUUGAGCUGUCUUCUUGUCCGGAUACUCAAAGCCCAUGGGGAGAAAGGCCUCCACAUUGAUCAGCUGGUUUGUCUGGUGCUGGAGGCCUGGCGGAAGGGUCCAAAUCCCCCCGGGAGCCUGGGCCGCGCUGUUGCAGGGGGUGUGGCCUGUUCCAGCACUGAUGUUCUCUCUUGCAUCCUGCAUCUCCUGGGCCAGGGCUAUGUGGAACGGCGUGACGACCGGCCCCAGGUCCUGAUAUAUGCUACCCCAGAGCCCAUGGGACCCUGCCGGGGUCAGGCAGAUGUCCCCUUUUGUGGCAGCCAGAACACUGAGACCUCCAAACCUAGCCCAGAAGCGAUGUUGGCCCUGGCAUCUCUACAGCUGCCUGCAGGCCGCACCAUGAGUCCCCAGGAGGUGGAAGGGCUGAUGGAGCAGACGGUGCGGCAGGUGCAGGAGACGCUGAACCUGGAGCCUGACGUAGCCCGGCACCUUCUGGCCCAUUCCCACUGGGGCACCGAGCAGCUGCUUCAGAGCUACAGUGACGACCCAGAGCCCCUGCUGCUUGCAGCCGGGCUGCGAGUACCCCAGGCCCAGGUGGUCCCGACGCGUCCUGACCACUGCCCAGUCUGCAUCAGCCCCCUAGGACCCCAUGACGACUCGCCGUCCCUCUGCUGCCUGCACUGCUGCUGUAAGUCUUGCUGGAACGAGUACCUGACGACUCGGAUCGAACAGAACUUUGUGCUGAACUGUACCUGCCCCAUUGCCGACUGCCCUGCCCAGCCCACGGGAGCCUUCAUCCGUGACAUUGUCUCCUCUCCAGAGGUCAUCUCCAAGUAUGAGAAGGCCCUCCUGCGAUGCUAUGUGGAGAGCUGUUCCAACCUGACAUGGUGCACCAACCCCCAGGGCUGUGAUCGCAUCCUGUGCCGCCAGGGCCUGGGCAGCGGGACCACCUGCUCUAAGUGUGGCUGGGCCUCUUGCUUCAGCUGUAACUUCCCUGAGGCACACUAUCCUGCCAGCUGCGGCCACAUGUCCCAGUGGGUCGAUGAUGGCGGCUACUAUGACGGCAUGAGUGUGGAGGCGCAGAGCAAACACCUGGCCAAGCUCAUCUCCAAACGCUGCCCCAGCUGUCAGGCGCCCAUCGAGAAGAAUGAGGGGUGUCUGCACAUGACCUGCGCCAGAUGUAACCAUGGCUUCUGCUGGCGCUGCCUCAAGUCCUGGAAGCCAAGCCACAAGGACUACUACAACUGCUCCGCCAUGGUGAGCAGAGCCGCCCGCCAGGAGAAGCGGUUCCAGGACUAUAACGAGAGGUGCACUUUCCACCACCGGGCCCGGGAGUUUGCUGUGAACCUGCGGAACCAGGCCGCUGCCAUCCACGAGGUGCCGCCACCCAAAUCCUUCACCUUCCUCCACGACGCCUGCCGGGCCCUUGAGCAGGCUCGCAAGGUGCUGGCCUACUCCUGUGUCUACAGCUUCUACAGCCAGGACACAGAGUACAUGGAUGUGGUGGAGCAGCAGACGGAGAACCUGGAGCUGCACACCAACGCCCUGCAGAUCCUCCUCGAGGAGACGCUGCUGCGGUGCCGGGACCUGGCCUCCGCCCUGCGCCUCCUUCGGCCGGAUUGCCUGAGCACAGGCACGGAGCUGCUCCGGAGGAUCCAGGAGAGGCUGCUGGCCAUCCUGCAGCACUCCACCCAGGACUUCCGGGUUGGACUGCAGAGCCCAUCGGCCGAGGCUCGGGAGGUGAAAGGAUCCAACGUGCCCAGCGAUCAGCCCCAGGGCUCCGCAGGGCUGGAAGCGGACGAGGAGGAGGAAGAGGAAGAGGAGGGGGAUGUGCCCGAGUGGCAGCAUGAGUUUGAUGAGGAACUGGACAACGACAGCUUCUCCUACGAUGAGGAGUCUGAGAACCUGGACCGCGAGACUUUCUUCUUCGGCGAUGAGGAUGACGACGAUGAGUCCUAUGACUGAGGGGCAGGAAACACCUGAGCUGCCCCACCAGGCAGGGCCACAGGGCUGGGGAGUCCGCCCCCCUCUGCCAUGGGGGGGGUCCCAGUGUGUGCAGCAGCGCCUUCUGUUGACUGAAUAAACCUCUUUUUUCACAUACUUC